AUGGCUUUAAAUCUGCAAGGCAAAACAGCGCUCGUGACCGGUGGAGGCUCGGGCAUCUGCUUGGAACUUGUCAAGAAAUUGUUGGAAGAAGGAAGUAAUGUUGUUGUCGUCGACUUGGGAUUGCGGCCAGAGGCCGAAGAGGUGGUCAAACAGUCAAGCUCCGGUCCAGUGAAGGCCAAAUUCAUCAAAACAGAUGUCACAAAAUGGGAUCAGUUGCAGGCCAGUUUCGACUUCGCCAUGAAGGAAUUUGGCAGACUUGACAUUGUCGUCCCCGGAGCAGGCGUCUUUGAGCCCCCCUGGUCCAACUUCUGGCAUUUCAACACUGGAAAGGACACAAUUGCUUCCUCGUCAUAUCAGACAUUGGAGAUCAACGUCACCCAUCCGAUCCGAGCCACGCAACUGGCUAUUGACUAUUUUCUCCGCCAGAAGCUAGGUCACGGAGUCGUGGUCAUUGUGGCCUCGAUCGCAGCGCAGCUUGCACUCAUGCCAACGCCGAUGUACGCGGCAAGCAAACAUGCCAUGUCGGGUUUCACUCGGUCUUUGGCGGACCUGGAGCCCAAACUGAAUAUCCGAGUGAACGCUGUGGCCCCUGGCUGCGUCAAGACCCCUCUCUGGACGACUGAUAAACUGGUUUGGAUGGACGAAGAGACCGAUGCCUGGGUGCCUGCUGAGAAGGUCGCGCAGACAAUGAUCGACCUAAUCACAAAGAAAGAGAAUGUUGGGGGUACCGUGCUCGAAGUUGGCGUGGAUCUUGUACGACCCGUUCAUGAGCUGAACGACCCUGGUCCAUCGGGCAGGGGUCACACAGUGGGGAGGUUGGCUGCUGUUAGCAACGACGUAUUUAGCCUGAUUGCUCAAAACUUUGGGAAAUAG